UCCCAUAAAAGCCUUAAAAUUCCCCAAACUUAGAAACAGGGAUUUUGAUGGAGCCAAAUGGGAAUGAUUUGAUAAGCAAUUUACCUGAUGAGAUUCUUUACAAAAUUUCAUCUUUCCUACCCUUUGAAUCAGUUCUUCAAACUACCUUCCUUUCGAAAAGGUGGAAGAAUCUUUGGAAUGAGAUUUCAAUCCAAAAUGGAGCUCUUGAAGAUCUCUCAAAUGCAGCUUCAAAAUUCCUUUUCCAUCAUUUCAAUCACUUCAAUCCAUUGAAUCAUUUCAAAAAGCUUCAAUAUCAGUUUGGUAAUGGCAAAGCUCUGUCUCUCUCUGUUGUGUCAAAUCAAAAACUUCACUUACAUUUCUCUUCUCACAAACAUGAAUUUCCAAGCCAAUUUGGCUGGAAAUUGAAUCUGAAUUAUGAUCACCACCAGCUUUCUCAUUCAGCUUUCUUUGUCAAAACUCUGUGUCUUAAAUCAGUAAGCCGUCUUACGACCGAGGCGGUUUCAUCAUUGGUUUCUUGUAUUUCUUCUCUUGAAAACUUGAAACUCAUUGAAUGCAACGGAUUGCAAUCAUUUUCAGUUAGUUCUAGUUCAAAGCUGCAAAGCUUGAUAAUCUUAGAUUGUCUGCAGUUGGAGUUUCUUCACAUUGGAUGCUCGAAACUCCGGUCGUUUCGAUAUAGAGGGUUGUUUCCUCACAUUCGGCUCGAUUAUCAUUUUAACAUGGAAGAUGUUAUGCUUGAUUGCAGACAAGGUCUUGGAUACAUGUAUAAGAGUAAUGAGUUUGAUCCAAUUCUGUUGACAGUAAAGAAUGUUGAAACACUCACUCUAUGUAAAUGGACUUUUGAGGCUUUGAUCUUUCCUUCUCUUUCUUGGAACUUCAAAUUUUAUAAGCUGAAAGAGUUGUGGUGGAUUGAUGAUUCAAAAGAAAGCUUCAAUGCCAAUCCAUUGAUUGCCUUCCUCAAUUUAUGUCCUGCUUUAGAACGUCUCUUCAUUACGUUCGAUCUGGAAAGUUACCGCAUUUCGGGCAUGGAUGCAUUUUCAAAGAACACUAACGGGGAAGUUCGACUCGGGCAGCUCAAAGUUGUGAUUUUGAAGGGAUUUACAGGCCAGGAUUAUGAAAUAUCAUCAAAAGAGCAACUGAAUAUUGCAGAGUCAGAUGGAAAUUUCUUGAUGAACUUUACUGAAGUUUCUCCUUUUUAGCUGAAGUUAAAAGGUGAGAGUAACUUGGAAAUUACUUAAAUAUGGUUUAAAAAAAAAAGCAAAAGGAUUGGUCUGUUUGAAGAGUUUAUUGUUUCUCUAGGACCUGCAAUAAUGUUUUGAUGUAUACUAGCUAGUUUAACUGUUAAUAGGAAUCGUAUUAUAAUUCAAUUUAAUAUGUUAUAUUGACAGGGUAUUUGAAUUUCCCACCUAAAAAAAAAGAAGAUAUUUUUACUGUUA